AUGGAUGUCUAUUUACUGAUUCUGCAUAAAAAGACAACCAUCUUUACAGAUGCCAAGGAAGACACCAAAAUGGGCGAGGUCGAAAAAAUUAUUGAAGGAAUUCUUAAAGUACCACCAGAUCAGAUGAGGUUAUACAAAGAUGACACUAUCAAUAUCAUAGCUGAUGAAAAUAAACUAUUGUCUGAGUACGGUUAUACCAGUACGGUGGCAAUAACUCAGUCGCCUGCUACUAUUGGUUUGAUUUUUUGGACAGAAGAUGUUGAAUGGGAACAGUUGGACAUUCAUCCCUUGUCUAGCCCACCUGAACUGCCCGAUGUCAUGAAACCACAGGAUGCAAACCAGGCUCACCAACCUUAAUCU